AUGCAAGGGCUACAGAAUGUUUGUCGAUGUGAUGUAUUGGCUGCUGAUCUUGAAGGGGUUAAAUUGGACAUUGUGAUUAUGCAAAAUAAGUUAAAAGCAUCUGAAGCAUUAAAUGAGUCCCUAAAAGAAAUAAUUAUGUGCAUGAAUUCGGAAAGAGUUCAUAAAUCGAUGCAUAUGAAAAACACUUCUGGUAUUACUAAACCCGAAAGUGGCGAUCAAAGCCGAUUAAAUCAACCCGACAACUAUAACUAUAAUGGCCCCAAAGUGAAUGAUUUUGAUCCAGUUUUGGAAAAUGAAAUUAAAGAUAAUGCUAAUGCAAUUCGAUUGUCUGAAAUGGAUAAUGAGCCCUCACGUAAUAGUCAAAAGGGAUUAAACCACCAAAACAUGAAGUUAAUGCAAAAGACUGUCUUAAAGCAAGGACACAAUCCCUCAAUAGCAAAAGGUCAACCUAGAAAUUGCAUACGGAAUAACGCAAAGGCAGAAAAUUUACAAUUAGGUGAGAAACAGAGCAAACCAAAUGAAAUUAAAGAUACUGCUAAUGCAAUUUGA